AUGCUGCCUAAUACAUUACAUGUCGUCAUCACUUAUUUAAUGAUGGCAGCAACUGUCAUCAUUACUCAUCCUGAGUUGAUUGAUUACCCAGGUGUAAAUAGUCAUAUCAAUGUCAAUAGUUUCAUAUCAAAAUUAAAUAACCUACAACAAGAAUUGUUGAUGUAUAAAGCAUGCUCAUGGGAUGAAAAGUAUUUGAAAAGACUUCAAUUACUUGCUUGCUCAUUAAUCCCUCCAGUAAUGCCUUUGCCACCAGAAGAGCCAUAUUAUACUUCCAAAAAAUUUAGAACUAAAACUCCAUUUUGUGGGCAAGGACGAAGUCAAUACCGAAAACCAAAAAGUAAGGUGGAAGGAGUUGACAAUUAUGGAAAAUGGGAUGACGAUAAGUUGAUGGAUUUCACUCAUUUAACUCGUGCUGAGUUUGAAGAAAUGUAUUCUAGGAUCAAAUUAGAACUGUUAAAGCCAAGAAGAUAUUAUGACUUGAGAAGAAAUAUCAAUACUAAACGUGAAUACAGAUACUCAAAACUUACUCCAAAAAACAGAUUACUGCUAAUCUGUGUUUGGAUGGGAUCAUAUUCCAAAUUUGCUCUGCUGUCAGAAAUGUUUGGAGUUUCCAAAGGAUAUGUUUGCAUGGAAAUCAAACAUAUUAUUCCCAUAUUAUUAUCGGCCUAUAUGAACGAGGUUGUUAUGCCAGGACAUUUGACUGUAUUACAAGGAAGCUCUAACAUUGAUAGACUAGUAAUAGGCGCGCUUGAUGCAACGCAUUUCAGAAUCUCCAAGCCAAGUGUAGAUCAGGCUAUCUAUUAUCGUGGUGACAAAUGUAUCCAUUCUUUCAUCGGACAAGCGUUAGUUGAUCUUCAAGGCAGAUUUUUACAUUUUACGGUUGGUUUUCCUGGAAGCAAGAACGACAAAGAUGUAUUAUUCUUCAGUAAUAUCCAAAAAUACUUACAGGGUGUGAUGGUCCUUGCUGAUGGUGGAUAUCAAGCAAAAACAUUCAAACAUGGAGUUGAAUUGGUACUUCCAACAUCAACCAUCAUCAGAAGUAAGCCUGAUCUCUUUGUGCAACACAAAUCUGAGAGAAUGAUUGUAGAAAUGACCUUCGGAUAUGUAAAACGAUUAUCAGCAACGGCAACAAGAUGGAGACAAAGAAAAUCUUUGCUUCCAUAUGUUGCAAUGGUAGCUGUUCUAUGUUCGAACGCUAUUUUGAAAAGCAAUCCGUUGGUUAAAACCAUGCCAAACACUUUGUUCAAAUUUCAAUAA